AUGUCAAAGUAUCGUUUGAUGUACUUUGCGAUCAGAGCAAGAGCUGAACCGGCUCGUCUCCUUUUUGCGCUUUCCGGUCAACCCUAUGAGGAUCAUCGACUCAGCCGAGAUGAAUGGAAAACAAUAAAGAACACGACUCCUUUCGGUCAAGUGCCAAUCUUGUUUGUUGAUGGAAAACCCUUGGCUCAAUCUCGAGCUAUCUACCGUUAUUUGGGAAAGAAAUUCGGUUAUGGAGGGGAGAAUGAUUGGGAUGCGGCUCAAAUCGAUGCAUUGGCUGAUCAAAUCGAGGAUUAUCGAAAUCAGAUCCGACCUUUCUUCCCAAUUGCCAAUGGGGUGAUUCAAGGAGAUUUGAAUAAAUACUACACUGAGAAUGUUAUCCCAGCCACGGAUUCGUUUUUGCCAAUCGUGGAAAACAAAUAUCUCAAUGUGAACAAAUCGGGACUUCUGGUUGGCAAUAAAGUAUCUUGGGUGGAUUUAUUCUUGGCAGAAGUGGUCGAAACAUUUUCUCAAUACAACAAGAGUUAUACUGAAAAGUAUUCAAAGGUAAGUGAACACAAGCAGCGAGUUUAUUCAUUGCCGGGAAUCAAAGAAUGGGUGGAGAAACGUCCAACAAGUAUUGUA